GUGUUGAGGCCGCCUUCUUUCUGUUGCGUCUUUGGCUUGACGCCGGGUGUUAUCCAGCGACUCAGGGUUAGCAGACUAGUGGGGUAUGUUCGAGUCCUGCGGUGGGGCUAUCUGACAGUUCGGUGCCGUCCUUGCUCAGAUCAGUACGCACGAAUCGUUCGCUCUCUCAGUUUAGUUCUUUCUCUCUCUCUCAACGUGUUUGUUAUUUAAAAAACGUGAAUUUGAAAGACGGACAAGGAAAUUGCUGUUGGAGUGAAAACUUGCCGUUAUGGCCGUUGAUCAUUCAUUCGACGACUACCUUACAUACCUGAUCGCCCGGAGGAUUCCGUUUCAUCUUGACAGUGGCAUCAGCAUCUGGUGUUGCUGAUGCAUCUCAUCAAAAUUAAUAAUAGUGAGCCUAACGGAUUCCGUUUGUUGAGGCAGACGACCUAGUGACGUUAUUGCUCAGUGCGCGGGUGGUAGAGGAACGAGAUUUUUCCUUUAUUGAGAGCCAGCUGACAAAAGAGCAAACAAUCAAAUCCUUCAAGAAAAGACCAAAUUAUCACGUUGCGAAUGCGUCAUUUGGGUUACACUUGAAAAAAAAAAAAAGACGAAACAAAAAGAAAUGAGCGUCGCCAGGCCGAGUGAGACGGGCUGUCGUUUGGUGCGGAUCAAGCGCGUGCCUUCCAGCGAAUUCCAUCACCAGCAUCCGCUUUGCGUCACCCGCAAAAAUCCACAGUAUCAGCAUUACCUGCCGCCGAUUACACUGCGCAACAGUUCCGCCCCGUCGGGCGUCAAUCGAAUUUGGAUAAACCAGAGGCAUUCUGAUGCGUGGUACAGCGCCAAUAGGUUCGCCGCCGUCACCGAAUCCCCGCCCUAUCAUCACCAGAAACAAAUUGUCAAAGGUAAAGAACUACUGGAAGAAUUGCAGCGAGAUUCCGGCGUGACGGCCACUCCGGGCUCUACGUUAGUUCCCGCUGAGUCGAGAGACGAACAGUUGGCGGUCGCCGAAGAUCCUGUCGGCUCCAGUGCCGGUCGUACGAUAUCCAGCAGCAACACCAGUAUCCUCGACCUUGCCUCUUCGCUGCAAUCCCAGCUUUCCAAGUUCGGUCAUCGACUGGACGAUACCCGCGAGCGAUUGGAGGAUACCUCCCGUUGCUAUGAACUCCUCGAUAAGGCCUACGAAUGGGGCGUAGAGGCUAUGAAACUGGCCUCAAAACUCAAGCUGGACCAACAACCUUGUCCUCCGUCCGUGGCCAGUCACCUUCUUCACCAGGUGGAUGCGUUCCUGUCGGCCGCGGAUAAGAUUUCGCACUCGACCGCGCUAGAAGACCUCAACACCCUGGCCCGUAAACUUGACAAUCCAAAAUUACUCGACCAGUGCAAGUUGGCUCAGAAUAGAUGUCAAGAAACCAUGGAGCUGUUGGAAUUUCGUCGAAGAGUCUUGACAGAUUACGUCAAGGAAGAUGAAGCCAAACGACAGGACGAACAGCAUCAAGCGCAACAACGACAAGACAAGGAUGAGGUCGAAACGAAUAUCUACGAGAACGUGGCCGAGUUGAAUGCGGCAUCUUCGUGCGAGGAUAAAGUGGAUGGCCUAUCCAAUAGUAAAGAUUACCCGAUUUGGAAAAAGAACGAGACGGGCAACCAGUCGGUGAGGGCAGCAGACGAUGGCAAUUGCGUUUUGUUGCGUGUUAAGAAGAAUUCCAGCCCCGACGCGCUGGCCAAACAACAACAGCAACAACCAAAUUCGGUUUUGAACGGCUACCCGCCACUUCCGCUGCGCGGGACAACGUCCUACAGCUCCGGCACGUCACUCUCCAGCUAUUCUUCAUCGUCGACCAGCUGGAGCUCGCGGAUGAAGUUGGCCAUGAACCGGAAACUGUCGACGUCCGGCACGGAGACCACAUUGCCCGUCGACGAUGUUUCGGAUGGCAAUAAGAUGGAUAAGAGCGGAGUUACCAGUACGUGUAGCAAAACAGAGGAGGAAGAGGAUCACUCGGAGGAAGUGUCAGUCUGCCAAUCCCCCAUUUCCGUCAACAGCCACUUGCAGUGCAGAGCUUCAUCCAUCGACUUAUCGUUGCCCAUUGCCGAAAUGCAAGAGUCAGGAUUCACCGAAGACAACAUCAAAUCUCAAAAGACCUUAUUUCUCACCAUGCGGGAAAUGAUUCAAACUGAACGUGAUUACGUCCGCUCUUUGGAGUAUAUAAUCGAGAAUUAUAUCCCGGAACUGUCACGCGAGGACAUACCCCAAGCCCUGCGUGGCAAACGCAACGUCAUUUUCGGUAACAUUGAAAAAAUCUACGGCUUCCACCACCACUACUUCCUGCGCGAACUGGAGCACUGCCACAACGUGCCCUUCCUAGUGGGCCAGUGUUUCCUGCGACACGAACAGCAUUUUUAUCUCUACGCCCUCUACAACAAGAAUAAACCGAAAUCCGACGCCCUGAUGGCUGAAUAUGGAACGGCAUUCUUCAGGAGAAAACAAACAGAAUUGGGAGACAAAAUGGAUCUGGCGAGUUAUUUGCUGAAACCAGUUCAGCGCAUGGGCAAAUACGCGUUAUUGUUAAAGCAAUUACUGAAAGAAAGCGGCGACAAGGAACCUGAAUACGUUGAUCUUUUGGGUGCCGAGCAAAUGGUUCGCUUUCAGUUGCGACACGGCAACGAUUUGUUGGCCAUGGAUUCGCUACGUGACUGUGACAUCAACGUCAAAGAACAGGGCCGUCUCUUACGUCAGGGCGAGUUCUAUUGUUGGCAAGGCAGAAAGAAGGGUCUACGCCAUGUAUUUCUUUUUGAGGAACUCAUCCUCUUCAGCAAAGCCAAACGCGAUCCGGAACGCAAGAAUCUGGAUAUCUAUAUCUAUAAGCAUAGCAUGAAAACGUCAGACAUAGGUUUCACUGCCAAAAUGGGCGAAUCGAGUACCCGAUUUGAAAUUUGGUUCCGAAAACGGAAGCCAAAUGAAACGAUCGUGAUGGAAGCCACGAACCCAGACGUUAAACAGACGUGGGUCGAUGACAUCAGCCGCAUUCUAUGGAAACAGGCAUUGAGAAAUAGAGAACUUCGUAUGACAGAAAUGGCUGAAAUGGGAAUUGGUAAUAAGCCGUGUUUGGACAUCCGACCAAGUCAAGAUCAAAUUAAUGAUCGGUCUAUCAGUUACGCACAAUUAGCUAAAGCACCGAAAUUCCGACAUUCUGUGUGUGGAUCAAUACUUUCGGACAGUCGUAGCAGCAAGCGGCCUCACUCGAUAAUCUCAGUCAGCUCCUCUGCUUCUUCGGCCUCGUCCGGAAGCGGGAGCGUCAAUGACAAUCGUAGUUCGAACAGUAACGGACAUCAAGACUCGCCAUCCUCUACUGCUUUAGUAGCCAAUUUACAUAACCACAGAUCGAAGACCAACCAAAGCCAAUGCUCUGCAGAGUCGGGAAUUUUAGCCGACCUGUCGAUGAGCUAUGACGACCCAGAAUCGGGUCACUGCCGCAUCGGAAGAUCUGACAGCUCCAUCACCACCGAAUCGGUUGAUUCGGUUACGCUGUCUCCAUCAUCACCUCUGACCUCACCCAAGUCAUGUCCCUAUCCGAAUAUGACGCCCAUUUCUCUCUAUGUGAAUAACAAAUUGAUUCCCAUUACACCUUCGCCGUCUCACAAAAACAUGCCCAUGACAGAGAUGUAGACGACGGCAGACGGAAUUCGAAGUAACAGUUGUCCUCGAUCGCCAACCUCGCCAGCAAGUUUGUACAUAAGAAAACAAUCGCAAGACCCUACAAACGUUUGAAAAUAUGUUUAAACUAACGGACUUUACGUUUCUGUCUAGUUACCUUUUUUGUUGUUUUGCUUCACUAACUCGUCCAGUCGCUACGGAAAGCAUGAUGUUAGAUUAUUAUUUACCAAUAAAACAGUGAAAAACAA